CAUUCACUCUACAUUUCAUCUUCUCACUUACUUUGACUGUUGACAAUCACAUCACAAUGGACGAUUACUUUGGCACACAACACUCGACCUCUGUAGGGCUACCGUUCCUCUACAUCCCCUCGCACAAAAACAAGAUGGCCUCGCAGCUCAUGGACACUCUGGAUGAAUCUGGAUUAUAUCCCAACCUCGACAUGCACCCCAGCUUCUCAGACAUCGCCAUCCCCCACUCCGACAGUGGCAUCAUCAUGCCGACGCUCACCUCCAUUGAACCUGAUCUCUACCACAUCACCUCCGCCCCCCGCGACGCAUUGCCCCCCUCAGCGCCACCAACAGAGUCCGAUUACGACUCUGCAACCGGAGGCCAGACCGUAGACAGCCAGUGUACACAUAAACAUGUCACCCGCCGGCAACAGAACCGCGACGCGCAGCGCCGGUACCGCGAGCGCCAAAGCAAGCAGUGCAAAUCCCUCGAGCAGAGCGUCGUGGACCUCGAAGCACAAUGCCAAUCGCUCUCCAACGGCUUCGACCAGAAAUCGCACGAGGUCGUGCAGCUGUUCCGAGAUAACAAUGUCCUCAAGUCCGAGGUCCAGAGCCUCCGCCAGCGCUGGCAGCUCAUCAUCCUGCUGCUGCAGCGGCCCAAGGCUCUGCAGAGCCUGUCGGUGCUGCUCGAGGAGGAGGUCAAGUGUCUCGAUGGGUUCGCGCCGCCGAUCGAGCCCGCGUCGCUGGAUGAGUUCCUGCACAGUCUGGACUCUGUGCUUACGGUUGAUGGCGAGUUGAAUCGGGGGAGCUAGAGAUGGAUUUGGG